AAACCAAAAUGGCUGUUGUUGGUUAGAGAUUGACAUUUUAAUGUAUGUUUUUGAAAUUUAAACCCAGUUUGCUCAUAAAAAAUAAAUCAGCGAUGCUUCCAAACGCUCCAGUCGAAGUGUUUUAAAAAACUUGUGAGUAUGUGUUGAGUCGAAGUGGUUGAUUCUUGAGUGAUGACCAGCCAAAACUCGCCAUUUCCUCAGGUUGGGUCGUUGCAGAGGUAUCAGCACAUUUUCGACUACAGUCAACAAACGGACGGUCAAUGGGACCCCAUGACCACCUCACACCCACCCACAGUUCCUGCCAGGGGCAUCAAGAGGAGCACCCCUAGCGAAGCGUUCCGUCCACAUGAUGACCCUUCCUGGAUGGCGUCCCAAGAAGUGGCGUCACAAAUGGACAACAGUAUCAAGCACGAAUGUCUGAGAUCCCCGAAUAACAUGAACAUUAGUUCAGAUUGCAACAAUUUCAAAAAUGUGCGCCAUGACGUCAACGUUAACCAUGUCCCCAGUUUAAUGCGACCGAAUUCGAAAUUCAGUACAACACCGAGUUGGUUUCACGGCAACAUUUCGCGCGAGAACGCCGAAAAUUUGCUGUCAGCGCGCACCGAUGGGCUGUUUCUCGUGCGGGAAUCAACGAAUUUCCCGGGCGAUUACACUCUGUGUGUCUGCUACGACAACAAAGUCGAGCAUUACAGAGUGAAGUCGAACGGAGGUAAAUUAACAAUCGACGACGAGGAGUUUUUUGAUAAUCUCGAAGACAUGAUCGAACAUUACAAAAACGACGCCGACGGUCUCUGUACGAAGUUAGUGAAAGCGUUGUGCAACGAAAAGUCGAAGGAAAACGACGACUUGUGCGUCAUCUCUGAACAGGAGCUCGAGAUCUGCGAGCCAAUCGGCAAGGGCGAGUUUUGCGAGGUGAUGCUGGGUAAGUGGAAGAAGAACAAGGUGGCGGUGAAGGUGCUGAAGGACUCGAGCGAGGCAGAGGCAAUUUUAAUGAAAUCGCUCCACCACGAGAAUUUGGUUAAUUUGUUAGGCAUUGUGCGGAAGAAAGAUCAGAUUUAUUUGGUGACGGAGUAUAUGAGUAAAGGCAGUCUAGUUGAUUAUUUGCGGUCGAGGGGGCGUUUGCACGUCACGAAGAAGGACCAGAUCAACUUUGCGUUUGACACAAGCUCGGGUAUGGAGUAUUUGGAGAAAAUGCAUGUGGUGCACAGGGAUUUAGCUGCGAGGAAUGUUCUCAUCGCCGAAAACGGCGUAGCGAAAGUGUCCGAUUUUGGGUUGGCGCGGAAUGAGAUGAAUCCCAUGUCGGAGUCGGCGAAGUUGCCGAUCAAAUGGACGGCUCCCGAGGCUUUGAAGCGAAAUAUAUUUUCGAACAAGUCGGACAUGUGGAGCUUCGGGAUUCUCUUAUGGGAGAUUUACUCCUUCGGUAGAGUUCCGUACCCGAGAAUACCUCUUGCGGACGUGGUGAAGCACGUGGAGAAGGGAUACAAGAUGGAGGCUCCGGAAGGCUGUCCGUCGGAAGUUUACGAAAUUAUGAGACAGGCGUGGGAUCUGAAUCCGGACAAAAGACCGACGUUUCAAGACGUGAAGGCGAAACUUGCACAAUUGAAGCAACAGACUUCCUGAUUUAGCUCUAGUGUAUAUUAUAGAUAGAUGUAUGCGUGUGAGUGGAUGUGAAUGCACUUUGUGUGAUCCAUAAUGUAAUUUCACUUUUAUUGCAAUUAUUAUUCUAAUCAUUACUUUAGAUUUUUUAUUUUAACUGUACAAUUAUUUCUCUGAAUGUGGUGUGUCUGACUAGAAAAUUGUUGAUUUAUUUCCGUACUCUUUUUGUACACAGUUGAUAUUUAUUUUCUCAAAUCAUGUAAAUUUGACGUACUUAAAUUGAAUAGUGUUCAAGUCAGCGGAAUCAAAAGUAACGUCGAUUUGUUUUGCUUUGUUUAGGUGUAAGCGUACUCUGAUCGGUCAAGUCCAAAUGUAAUUAUUUUGUAAAUGUUUUUGUUUUAUAACUUUUCUAAAUUGAAAAUAUAUUAUUUUUACGUUAUUGUUUAGUUUUUAACAAUUGGAGACUAUCUUUGUAGUUUAGCGUUGGCUAAAAAGGCUCAGAUUUUUUUGUAAAUUUCCGAACGAUUUAUGUGUAAGUUACAAUGAGAUGCAUACGACAACAAUCAUUAAAUAAAAAGUGAUUAAGAAUUGAA